UGCUCCACACAGCAGCUCCUCAGCACGGGCACCGUCACGUCUCCAUCCGGCAAGGACGGGUCAGGAGGAGACUACAUCCUGGUGCUCGGGCGAUGCUCCCAUAGACGACACAGUAACAUUUCUAUAUUGCACCGUCAUGACUGGAGAGGGACCAGAGCCAGAGCCAGAGGCGUCUCUCUGGCGUAUUGGAUGAUACGGAAUCGGCAAGGAAAGACAGUUGAAACCGGUUUUGGGUAAUACUAAAGAGAAAACACUUCCAGAUUAACCCUACCGAUCAAAAGAAGAACUGCGUGGCCGGCGGCAGGAGGAGACUGUGGUGAGAAAAACUGACACGUGGAUUACUCCUCCUAGGGCAUCAGGAAAAACAGACUCCCUCCUCCAGCUCAGUUCCGUGACCAUCGCCUGCUGUGUUCCCGUCAGCCCAGCCGCACAGGUUAUGGACCAGAGUUACGCGUAGAGAUAUGAUUUCGCACACACUUUAUGAUAAGGUCUGAUUUCUGUCUACUUUUCUCUGACUGAUUGACCGGAAACGCAUCGAAAGUAAACAGCCGAGGCGGUUGAGAGGAGGCUGCUGGUAACUCGCUGUUGAAUGGCAGUUAUUCAAAAAUAUGGCAAGAACUAUAGUCCAGAUUUGGUCUGUCACAAGGAAAACCAUCCGUCUGACAAGAUCGGAGCUGCUGGGUGUCACAAGAAGUGGCCUGAACACAACACCAACUGGUCAAGGCCUGUAGCGAGGGUAUGGACAGUGGUGCUGCUGCUUGGGACAUGCCUCCUCUACUGCGCCCGUGUGGCGAUGCCCAUCUGUGCCGUCAGCAUGGCGGAACAGUUCAGCUGGAGCAAGAGGGAGACCGGCAUGGUGCUGGGCAGCUUCUUCUGGGGCUACUGCUUCACCCAAGUGCUCGGAGGCUACGUCAGCGACCGGGUGGGAGGUGAGAAGGUCCUCCUGCUGUCUGCAGCAGCCUGGGGGUCGAUGACGGCCUUCACGCCCAUCCUGGCCCACUUCUGCUCCCAGCCAAUUUUCUCCAUGACACUGGCCCGCUUCCUCAUGGGCUUGUUGCAAGGAGUUCAUUACCCUUCUUUGGCGAGCCUGUGCUCUCAAAAGGUGGUGGAAAGCGAGAGAGGCUUCCUCAUGAGCACCGUGGGUAGCGGUUCCUACCUGGGCACUCUGGUGAUUGGGGGGGCUGGCUCCCUCAUGUUGGACCUGUACGGCUGGCAGAGUGUUUUCUACGUGUCGGGUCUCCUCUCAGUCCUGUGGGCCUACUGCAUGUGGAAAUAUCUGCUCAAAGGAGAAGGCCCUAUCAUCACCCUGGAGUCCCUGGGAAGCGGUGGGCCCCAGUCCAAACUGUCCAAAAGACACUGGUUACGGCUCCUCAAACAACCUGCAGUCUGUGCUGUGAUCGUUACACACCUUUGCACAGCGAGCACCUUCUUCACUCUUUUGUCAUGGCUGCCAACAUUCUUUAAAGACACUUUCCCAGAUGCCAAGGGUUGGGUGUUUAAUGUCAUUCCGUGGUUGGUGGCCAUCCCGUCCUCCCUCUUCAGUGGCUGCUUAUCUGACCACCUCAUCAGUCAAGGCUUUGAUACAGCCUCUGUGAGGAAGUUGAUGCAGUUUUUCUCCAUGGGUGUGUCCAGUGUGUUUACCCUUCUUCUGUGUGGCAACACCACCUUCCCCUGGGCUGUAGCAUUUGUGUCUGCCACCAUGGGCCUCACCACCUUCAGUCACAGCGGCGUAUCUGUAAAUGUUCAAGAUCUUGCUCCGUCCUGUGCCGGAGCUUUAUUUGGUGUUAUGAAUACAUGUGGUGCUUUCUUAGGGGUCCUCCUGGUGUAUUUCUCGGGAUAUCUCAUCGAGGCCACAGGCUCGUGGGCAUCCGUGUUUGCCCUUAUUACCACAGUCAACCUGCUGGGCCUCUGCACCUUCCUGGCCUUUGCUGAGGCCCGCCGGGUCGACAUUGACUCCAGUAAAAUCCGCCACCACAACAUCCACAUCUAAAUCAUCACGCCAUCAGAGGGACUAGCGUGCUAACCCCUCAAGGGAGAUACGUCCUUGGGCAACCAGCAGCUAGGACAUUACCCACAUUGGAAAACCAGCCAAUGGAUGGCAAGUGGCACACGGAUAAAGCCCACAUAUAAUGUGGGAAACUUUGACUGGCUCUGUGUCUGGUUGAAGGAGUACUGCAGCCGUUACUGAAAAGCACACAGCACAGCCUGCACACUGUAACUGAAAAAUCUUGUGGAGCUAGAGCGUCUAAUCCCUAGAAAAACACAGCUGUGUUAGAGGAUGCUCCUUUAGUUCAGGGUGGAAUGGGAAUGACAAGAGUCUACACUACCUCCAGGUCCCAGCUUGUGCAGUACGCGGUGGUUAAACAGGCGCCGGGCUGCUGUUCACGCUCGUCAUUUGUUACAGAAUGUGUUACUUGGAACGAGAUGGAAAUUGUAAUUCAUGUGUUAUCAUACAUGAGAGUGAUGGAUGUAUUAGUCUCAGGAGCUUUUUGACAGCUGUGACAGACCAAGGUGGUGUGUUCUUACCCUGCAGGGGUGGGGGAGGCGGUGUGGGCGCACGUGGGUGACGUGGGGAGAGUCCAGCCUCUCCUACCUGAAGUCUUUUAUUAGUACGCCCCACUCACCCAUCACUGUCUGAGUGACACCUCAUUACCCAGCCACUAAUUACUCGGCAGGCGCUCUAAUGUCCUGUACGAUCUACCGUUUAUAGUCCCCCGUCUCCAUGGUUACAAGCCCAUCUUAUUGUUACAGUCGGAGGAGGUGAAAGGCGUCAUGGGGAGCUGAACAGCAACACAGCCUUGAUGGAGUGUAUUCUCCCUGUUUGUUGUCUCAAAGAAUAUGUUUUGAGUAAGACCAAAGGUAAUAUAUUUUUUUUCUUUCUAUGUGGUUGCAUGUAAUAGAAAUACCUCACUUAAUUAUUUUAAGAACUUAUGUAUUUAUAUGGCUUUCUGAUUUUUUUUUCACACUUAGGUGACAGGAGAAAUAAAUAUAUUAGCUAAUAUGACCGAAGAUUAUGUAAGUUAUCAACAGUAUGAUGCAGUAUGAAUGACCUUAAAGAGAAACUUUGGUAUUUUCAACCUGGACCCCGUUCACCUGUGCUUUUUGUCUAAGUGACAGUUUUUAAAGCUGGUCCAGUAUUAGGCAAAGACAGCUACAGCCGCAGCAGUGAAGCAAGCUGCACUAUUAUCCCUGUGGGCAUUUGUGCGCCAUCUAUUUACAACCACUAAAAGUGCUUGUUUUUGCCACUGAUAGGCUCAGAUGUUUGAUAUUGUUACAAAGUCUCGCUCAAAGAGAAGUCUCGUUCUGAAAUCUCGCACUUUCCCACAUCAUUGAAAUCCGUUACAUACGCAACAUGUUGAAAAUCUUUUAGAUAACAUUAAGCUAUAGUUUCCACCAUUGUUUGUACUGCAACAAGUCACCUCCCGCAGGAUUUCAGAGCGAGACUUCUCCUUGAACUGUUGGGUCUUUUCCUCAAUAUUGUCAGACACUUCUAAUAACAAUCUGAGCCUGUCAGUGACAAAAUCAAGCACUUCUAAUAGACGUAAAUUGAUGGUGGACAAUUGCCUGUUGGUAUUACAUUGCAGGCGGCUCUCUCAAUACUGAACCAGUUUCAAAAAUUAUCUUCAUCAGUCACUCAGACACAAAAACAUGGAAAUAUGAGGUCCAGGUAAAAACAUACCGAAGAUUCCCUUUAUUAGACUUGUGUGCUUGUCUAGUUUCCUCACUUAUUUUCUUUUCUGACCUGCACUUUGGUCCAUAUUAUCAUUUUGGUGAAAACUUGAUCUCUAACUUUUUUUGCAUUAAAUCAUCCACCUUUAUCAUCGCACUUAACUUAUGAUUGUUACCUAGACGUUGGACAGGAAGUGAGUCAGUAUUUUAGAGGGAGAUAGUUAGCGCAGGAUGGUUGUCCAUUCACCUGUCACGGUGGUGUCAGAGCUAGUGUCUGUCCAUUCUGUCUCAUGAAGGCAAAGUUAAACAGUCUCCAUGUUACACACUGACACGAUGAAUGUUGUGGUGGCAGGUGGGAGAGGACUCGAAAUCAGGAGAAGAUUUGGCGUAUUGCUGUAACUGUAAAGUAUGUAGCAACGUAAAGCAAGCUGCAUAGCUCUGGCUGAAUGUUGAAGAGAUUGUAGCAUUUAGCUUUAGCUCAGUCUUAAGAUUUCAUUUUCAUUCUCAAUGCUUACUUGACACGCGUACCUUUAAAUCUAUGCAUUUAUUAUUUUGUGCCUGAUUUAAGCAAUGAGAGAAGAUUUAUUGACUAUUGUACAUCGCUACAUUUUUGCCUUCUUCGUAGGAGUUGUGUUGCUUCUGUGCGACUCGUCAUUGUUGUUCACAUACGUUUACAUUGAUGUUUUCUGUAAACACUGGGAAGUGUAUCCUUUGGCUGAAUAUUUUGUCGGUGUAGAUUACAUUUCUGAAAUGCCCGGUAUGUUUCUUACAUUGUCUUGGUCAGUGGUUACAAAAAUUUGGGUAUAAGAAAUUAACAGGGUUUAUUCAAACCUUCCGAAUAGGGCCGGGCGAUGCGGAGAAAAAUAAACUUCACUAUAUAUUUGACCAAAUACCUUGAUAUCGAUAUUGUGACGAUAUUUUAGGGUUGACUGUUGGUGCUUUUACAGAAUAUUUACGCAAUGAGAUUUUGCUAAAUAAUCACAAGUAGGUAAAUAAUAUAACAGCUAGAACAGCUUUAUAAGUUCAGAAAAUGACAUCACUUUACUGUAAUGCAGCCUUUAAAACCAGGAUAAGACACUUGAGAUGUUACGCUAUCUAGCCUCAUAUCACAAUAUCGAUAUAAUAUCUAUAUUUUGCCCAGCCCUAUUUCAGAGUAAAGAUUCUGUUUAGAGUAAUUUAUUUUGAUAUCUGAUUGAAAUCGGAUAUCUGCGGCAAAUGUCGCUCUGAUUCUGUACCUUCACUAUGGUUUAUAGUGAUCAUACUCGACUUGUAUGCCUUGACCUUUAAGAUACACCAUUUAAUUACAUGGUACAAAAUACUCAGCCUUCAACAUUUAUUUUUUUAAAACCAAACGCCCCACAUUCCUCAGAUGUUUUACUCGCCUCAGCAGAUGUGCACUCUUUAUAACUGCCUUCACUGCUUGUCCCCUUUUUUUCUGUUUACUGUGCUGACAUCCUGCAAAAUGUAAACAUGUGAAAUGACAUGUGAAAUGACUGAGUUCUGUUCACCAACAUAUCUCACUGUAGGUUCCUGAAAGCCUUCUGACAAAUCCUUUUUGAUAACAACGUGUAAGAUACGUAUGAUAAAAAAAAAAAGAAUACAACCAUUCAAGAAAAUGCAGUAUUCUGAUGCUUUUAAGAUGUGUUGUAUUUAAAAGCAUAUAUUAACUUUGAAUAAAAAUAUAUUUUGUCAGCA